AUGGCAAAUGGCAUCGGCAAUGGUAGGGGCAAUGCCGUGGCAAAUGGCAUCGGCAAUGGUAGGGGCAACGCCACGGCAAAUGGCAUCGGCAACGGUAGGGGCAACGCCACGGCAAAUGGCAUCGGCAACGGUAGGGGCAACGCCAUGGCCAAUGGCAUCGGCAACGGUAGGGGCAAUGCCACGGCAAAUGGCAUCGGCAACGGUAGGGGCAACGCCAUGGCCAAUGGCAUCGGCAACGGUAGGGGCAAUGCCACGGCAAAUGGCAUCGGCAACGGUAGGGGCAACGCCAUGGCCAAUGGCAUCGGCAACGGUAGGGGCAACGCCACGGCAAAUGGCAUCGGCAAUGGUAGGGGCAACGCCAUGGCCAAUGGCAUCGGCAAUGGUAAGGGCAACGCCACGGCAAAUGGCAUUGGCAACGGUAGGGGCAACGCCACGGCAAAUGGCAUCGGCAAUGGUAGGGGCAAUGCCAUGGCCAAUGGCAUCGGCAAUGGUAGGGGCAACGCCACGGCAAAUGGCAUCGGCAAUGGUAGGGGCAACGCCAUGGCCAAUGGCAUCGGCAAUGGUAAGGGCAACGCCACGGCAAAUGGCAUCGGCAACGGUAGGGGCAACGCCACGGCAAAUGGCAUCGGCAUUGGUAGGGGCAACGCCAUGGCCAAUGGUAUCGGCAAUGGUGGGGCAACGCCAUGGGCAAUGGUAGGGGCAACGCCAUGGCCAAUGGCAUCGGCAAUGGUAGGGGCAACGCCACGGCAAAUGGCAUCGGCAAUGGUAGGGGCAACGCCAUGGCCAAUGGCAUCGGCAAUGGUAAGGGCAACGCCACGGCAAAUGGCAUCGGCAACGGUAGGGGCAACGCCACGGCAAAUGGCAUCGGCAUUGGUAGGGGCAACGCCAUGGCCAAUGGUAUCGGCAAUGGUGGGGCAACGCCAUGGGCAAUGGUAG